AGGGGAAUCGCUCUAUGCCAAAGUUCCACGUACACAUAUAAGAUAAUUCUCAAAGAGAUAGUGCUAUAUUAUUUUCAAGCGAGGAUAAUCUUGUUAAAUCAGUGUAAGGCACUUGUCUGACCUAUUUUGAAAAAUUUGGUUUUAAAAUCGAAAGUUGAAGUUUAAAAUCGGAAUAAGAAGUUUUAAACCAAUACGGUCAACAUGGCGACAGCGGGACUACGUGAUUCAAACCGAGACACUGCAGGUGACUUCAUUGGAGAAUGUUCUGUCACACAAUCUUGUGAGCCAUGUAUGAAGACCAACGUAUCAAAAACUGCUACGGUUUUCUGUAAGGACUGUGAUGAGUUCUUGUGUGACGCCUGCAAAAAUCCACACACCGUCUAUAAAGCGGGAAAGCAUGAUAUUGUCAAAUGCAAGGAUACGAAAUCUGUAUCGGUGGGAGUCGAUAUGAAAGGACUUGACAUUUGUCAGGAGCACGGCAGGGAAAUAGACUUUUUCUGUAAUGAUCAUUCCAAGCUCUGCUGUAGUAAAUGUGUGCUUACUCAUCGGAAAUGUGAUCGAAUGGACGAAAUAGCAAACGCAUUCGGACAAAAACGUCCUGAUCUUCAAGAAGUGAAACAGUCGAUAAUAAAAUUGCAGUCCGAGGCUGAUGCCAUAAUAGAGAAUUGUAAGCACGCAGAAUCUGGUUUAAACGACUCCAUUGCAAAGAUUUCUUCAGAGAUAGACACAAUGAGAGAUCGUUUAAUAAAAAUAUUUGAAGACGCUAAGCAGAAAUUACUUUCUGAGGCAAAACAAUUCAAAACCUCAGAAGUCCGACGCAUUGGCAAUAAGCUUGACGAGACGUCCAAUGUUAAGGACGAAAUAAACAAAGAAAUCUCAAUGUGCUGUUCCGUUUUAGACCGCGGUACGCCUACCCAAAAGUACAUUUAUGCAAUGAAAAUUAAGAAGAAACUGAACACAAUUGAAUCAAAUUUAAAUAAACAACACUCUAUUGACAUUUCAUCUAGCAUGACAGUGUCAUUUCCGAGAGAAAUAACUACACUUCUAGAGAUGGAAGACAAUUUCCUAAAACUGAAUUGUGAUGGGAACAAGACAGUGGAGACAAGCCGCAUCAUUUUACCCUCCCAACCAUGGCCACUCUCCCUAGAGCUCCUCGUAUCCGUGGAUCUACACAAGACUGGAGAUGAUGAUGGGGAACCUAGCAUUACUGGACUGGACUUUCUCCCGGACGGGAGACUUGUAGCAGUAGAUAACAAGAACAAGAAAUGUAUCAUACUGAAUGAGCGCCUACAGAGACUUGGAACACCGUACAAGUUCAAGGCUCACCCACAUAGCGUAGUGUGUGUGUCUCAUGAUGCACUGUGUGUAACGUUUGGUGGAUCAGUAUGUAUCUUUUCUCUGAGUACAGACAAUACCAUCAGACUGGCGAGGGAGAUGAUAACAACAUCCAAGUUUGACUCUAUAUGCUGCAUAUCUCCGUCUCAGAUGGUCGCGAGUACGUAUGAUGAUCCUCGCCCUGCCAGAGUGUUAUCAGUGGACGGUGUGGAGUCUGACUUUCAUCAAUUGGAGUUUGGGAACAAGACUUACGAAUAUUUAGAGAGUAAGUGCACGUAUGUCCAGUCUAAGAACAUGUUGGUACUGACUGACAGGCUCGCUCACACAGUGUACGUGUACGACACCGUGAAGGGCACGUCUAGAGUAUUUACUAAUGAGAAGAUACAGGAACCGCGUGGUGCCUGUGUAGGGCCUGGAGACACGGUGCUGGUGUGUAGUACGGCGAAUAACUCCAUCGUGCGCCUGGGCGUUGAUGGGGACUUAAUGUGUACCUACCCUGUGGAUAUGAAGUACCCGGAAAGCAUGUGUGUGUCUAAAGAUGGCACUAGGCUGGCGGUGUCCAACACCGCUAAAGGCGCCAGGAAACUUAACGUCUAUAAGAUGUCACCGGCAAUGAGUUAGGUGACUAGUAAGAUGUUAUCUGUGUGAUUUCACUUUCUACACACAUAUUAAAUAUUGACGUGCGUGAAUGUGGUUAUGUUUAAUCAAUGAGGAAUACUUUUCCGAUUAAUUACAAUUUAAAAGUAUUGUUUUCAUGUUCUAUCGCUUAUGCAUUUUUAACUUCAUUGUAUUUUAUAUGUUGUGUGAAUGUAUUGUUAUUAAGAAUGUGUUUAAUAUAUGUAAAGUAACCUAAAGCAAUUCUUACAUUUAUUUAAUACAUUUAGAUAAAGUGUGUAAUACUAUGUUGUACUUUUUUCAAUUCCUUUAAAUGCAACUUAACUCAGAUGUGUAUCAUCAUUCCAUAUAAAUACUGUAUGGUAUACUAUUGAUCCUGUUAAAAUGUAACAUAUUUAUGUUGUGUCAUUAUGCUCUGUAGAUAGCGGGUUAUAUAUUUGUCAAUAUAUAUUAAUGUUUGGCCUAUGUGACAAAGAUAAUAUUUUCUUAAAUUCCCUAGAUUAACUAUGCAUUGGUAUAAGACAAUAUUAUUGUUGUAUGAAAUACAAUAACGGUUGCAUUUUGGGAUCAAACUGUACUUAAUUCUUCACAUUUUCGGUUGAUCUAAAUUACAACAAGCAUAUAAUUAAGAAACCCUUUAGACAUGAACAUAAAUAUGUAUUCCUAAUGUCACAAUCGGAAUGUGAGGUUCAUUCAAAAUAAUGAUUGUUUUAGUUUCGCUUACACUAUUAGGCCCCAAGAUCUAUAAAUAUCAACAAAAGUCGGUUCAGAUGUAAUUUCGCGCGUGUCACAUGACUGUCUGUCCAUAUGUCAAUAGCCUUAUUAGAAUGUAUCAUUCCAAUGUAAUGGACAUCAUCCAAUAAUCAAAUUCAUCUUUCGACAUGGCCUUAUUAAGUUUCAUCUUUCACUAAAGAGAAUAUUAUGAAUGAAAAUAUAUUUUGAAAAGUGGUACAGUGUUACAGAAUUGGCUGAUCUUGUAUUUGAAUAUUCAUUCUAGGUUUCGUUCAAUGACAAACCAGUUGCCAACCUUUUAAAACAUGUGGCCCCCUUCCAUUGUAAAGUCUCAUCCUUUUAAAAUACGUCUUACCGUUUUAUUGUGUCAAUAUUCAUGGAAAUACAGACACGCCAACUUUGUUAUUGGUUAUUGUAUAGAUUAAUAUGCAGUAUAACUUCAUCUUGAAUUAUUUUUUUCUAAAAAGAACAUACCUCAUAGAAUUUAUGAUGGGAAUAUUAAAUAUUAGAAUUGAGUUGAAACAGAGCCUUGAGUCACUUUAAAUGUACAAAGUGAAACAUUCAACGACUUUUAACAAAAGAGUUCAUCCUGCCUUUUUUUGCUUUCCCUACAUACGGACAAUGAUGUAAAACCUGAUUUAUUCAAGGUGUGAUGCAUGUACAUAUAUUUUAGAUAGAGCUCCUCAAGUUUGUCAACGACUUAUUCAAUGUUAAUGUGUUAUUAUCUCAAGCAUGUGGACCUUAUGUUGAACAAGAAUGUUGCUGUCACACAGAUACCACGUAAAUAUUUGUUUGUAUCUCAUUGAUUGGAAAAAGCCUAAACA